AUGAUCCUUGCCUUCCUCGCUGUUCAAUUUCUAUACAGAGCUUGUGUGAUUUCUAAACCGUCCUGGACCAAAUAUUUCGAUGGAUGGAAGUACAUCCUCUGGCUAUUCUACACAUUUCUGGGCGGGAUUUUGUGGUCCCUGGCAUCCACUCUCACUUUCCCUGAUGAAACCACGUUGAGCUACAUGAGAAAUGAAGUACUUCAAAACUAUGGAGUAGAGAUAAAAACUGUGCCGCAUUUGGCGGUGUUGGCAUAUGUCGCCGCGCCCACCAUCUUCUUCCAACUCCCCGGAUUUGUUGUCUUGGUUUCCCCAUUUUUCGACUUCAAACUAAGUUUUCACUCUGGAGUUGUUGCCUUGGGAUUUAGUGCCUAUCCGAUGGUCGACACUUUGAUUGUGCUGAGAGUCGUCACAGAGUACAAGAACGCUUAUAAACGUUUUUUACAAAGUUUCGCCAAGGAUUGCAUUGAAUUCCUUGGAGGAGACACACCGAGAAAUCCACCAGCAACUGUCACAAAUGCCUUGGCUAUAAUUUGA